AAUAUUAAUCUUUCUAAAGUUAAUGGUACCAUUUGUAGUACUGUUGUGCUUCUGCGCAGCAGCCUUCCAUGACGUGGAAUCACUUAGACAUGGUAAUGGCGGUAUUUACGUUGGAAGCAAUGGAAGGAAAAUCGGUAGUGCCUUACACUUACAGGUUGGAACUAUACCAAAUUGGCUAAAUCCGCUGGUCUACUUACAUCGCAAGAAUACAAGGAUAUUGCUAUAUAAUAACCUCAUGAAUGUACCAAUAUUCGUGGCAGUAGACUCAAAGGGGAUGCUCUUAGUAUCGCAUUAUCCAUCGAAUGAGUUGCAGAAGACGUUGAAACAAAAUGACAUACAAAUAAAUAGCGAGAUCUAUAGGAAGGUUGCACCGGAACCGCCACAGAUUGUUGAAGACUUUCUACAGCUGUUCAAUGGUAGCGAUGUAAACACCUCAGCUGUAACCAGCAACCAUAAUGCAGAGGACAUAACGCACUUGAUGCCGAACAUUGUACUAUACUUCAUGGAUCCUAAUGCAUGUGAAGCUCACGUCAUAGAAUUACGGAAACAGGGAAUAGAAGCUCAUCUAAAGGAAUUAACCCUGACGGAUUAUAUUCAACAUUUAUACAACACUAGCCGUGAUUCGGAUCCGUUAUUACUACCGUUGUCUGAAGCACUCAUACACGCUACGCAUAAUGGACAGUCUGUGUUCAAAGGCACGCCUCUAUUUACUACAGACCCGCCUAUUGCAAUAUCUAAGGUCAAAAGCGAUACGCACCAAUUCGAUAUGUCAACAGAAAAGUUGGUAAUAUUCUCGUCACCAGAAGAAGCAAAGGAAAUAUAUAGGAAAGCAUGUUCAAUGGGUAACACAAGUAUUGAACUCAACGGGGAAACUUUUCAUUAUAAAGUGCUCCAUGAUAAAUGGCCGUGGUCACCAAAGAUACUUUUAACUAGUCUAGAAGCACUGUGCCAGCGUAUAGACACUAGGGAGCCUUUCUGGGCAGGUAUCAUACACAUUCAGCCCAAAAUGCAAAAUUUAAACAGGAAUGAAACGAGUAACACUGUUGAAUGCGGAUAUAAUGCUAAAUCUUUGUGGCAGGCGCUACAAAGGCUUAUAUCAACCGUUGUGUGAUGCAACACACUGGCACCAAUUUAGG